GGCAGAGCUGAGUCGCGCCGCGCCGAGCCGCUCUGCACCCCGCCUUCACCGGCCCCGGCCCCGGCCGGACCCCGCCGUCGCCCCGGAACGAAUUGUAGCCUCUUGGCCGCUUCAGUCACAGGACGAGGUCCUGCAUCUAAGCCCCUCCGAGCUCCUUCCAGACUCUCCUAAGCCAGAUCUGUGCCUUCUGAGGAAGAAACUGAAGUAUAAAAGAAGUGUCUGGAAAAGAAAUUAAGGAACUAAUUGAAGGAGCAGAUUCCUUUCUUAACAAGACCAAGUUUGAAUUAAAUGGCUGAUAAACAGAUCAGUUUACCUGCCAAGCUGAUCAAUGGAGGGAUAGCUGGGCUGAUUGGAGUCACCUGUGUAUUUCCCAUUGACCUGGCAAAAACUCGCCUGCAGAACCAGCAAAAUGGCCAGCGAAUGUACACCAGCAUGUCUGACUGCCUCAUUAAAACAAUUCGAUCAGAAGGCUACUUUGGCAUGUAUAGAGGGGCUGCGGUGAACCUGACUCUAGUGACACCAGAAAAGGCUAUCAAACUGGCAGCCAAUGACUUCUUCCGGCAUCACCUCUCCAAAGACGGGAAAAAGCUGACACUGCUGAGGGAGAUGCUGGCGGGCUGCGGCGCGGGCACCUGCCAGGUGAUUGUCACCACUCCCAUGGAGAUGCUCAAAAUCCAGCUGCAGGAUGCAGGGAGAAUCGCGGCACAGAAGAAGCUGAUGGCAGCGCAGGCGCAGCUGCCUCCAUCCGCGGCGGAGCCGGCAGUGGAACGGCGCACGACGGCCACGCAGAUCACCAGGGAGCUGCUGCGCAGCAAAGGCAUCGCCGGGCUCUACAAGGGCCUGGGCGCCACGCUGCUGAGGGAUGUCCCGUUCUCCAUUGUUUACUUCCCAUUGUUUGCAAACCUGAACAAGCUGGGCCAGAAAGACUCCAAUGCCAAGGCUCCGUUCUAUGUGUCAUUCCUCUCCGGAUGCGUGGCGGGCAGCACGGCAGCAGUGGCUGUCAACCCGUGUGAUGUAAUCAAAACGCGGCUGCAGUCCUUGCAGAGAGGAGUGAACGAGGACACCUACUCAGGAAUCCUGGACUGCACCAAGAAGAUCUGGCAGAAGGAGGGGCCCACGGCCUUCCUGAAAGGGGCGUACUGCCGAGCCCUGGUCAUUGCUCCACUCUUUGGCAUCGCACAAGUCGUCUACUUCCUCGGCAUCGCAGAGUUCCUGCUGGACAUGCUGCCCCAGCGCCGGGCCUAGCCCCGGGGUGCUGCCGGGCCCUCCCCCGUGCUCAGCCCAUCCCUCCUCAUCCCUGUCGGCUGGUGUCGGAGCAACAGCACAAAGGGUUUGCGCGGGGAUGCUGAGGGGACGCAGUCCCAGACGAGCCGAUGCGGUAGGGAGAGUGGCCCUUUUCUGGCUCAGUCUGGAACCUGGCCCUUCCUGCUCCUUCCACGGACAAUACCUAAAUAUGCAUAUCUUUUUUCUUUCCUUUUUUUUGUUUUUAAAUUGGACACUGGUAAGCACACUCUGGGCGUGCAGAUGCAGAAGUCCCCUCCCAGCCUUGGAGGAGGAAAAGGGAUGGGAAAGAAACAACCUGACCCCUCCUGCGCCACAUUCCCAUCUCUUCCUGGAGCUGUGAGCCAUCUGAGGAGGAGCUGAAGGGGCAGCCACGUGCCCGCAGCCCUUCCUGGGCCCCGCUGGCCCUGGGCAGGAGUGGGGGCUGCACAGAGGGAGGGCAAUGCUGCCUCUGGCAAGCUUCUUGGCCUAGAAACAUUUGUCCUCCCUUCUCCCAUUCUCAAAAACGAAUUGGACCUAGAUGAACUUAUUGGAGAUCAGAGGAAGGGAAAGGGAACCGUUCCUGUUGAUUCUGUACUAAUUUUUGUUUUAAAACAAAGGGAUGUACCUCCUCAGUAGGUGUCACAGGCACAUCCAGGGGAGGUGCAGAGGGGAGAUAUCUGCUCUGUAGGGAACACGUCUGUGGGAUCAUAUGGAAGCCCCAAGGUGCUUCACUUCGUGGCUGUGGGCAGGAAAGGGAGGAAGAGGAACUUGGGAUCAAGUCUUUUUUGUUUUGGGGGGGAGGUUUGUUUGUUUGUGUGUGUUUGUUUUUAAGGAAAGGGUGUGAGGAGGGAAAACCAAACAAGAAACCACUUACAUUACAUUCCUGCAGGGUGCCAGGGUGAUAAGGCAACAGGCACAGGUGUAGAUGAGCCAAUGACACGUUUUUCCAGCCUGGGCCCGGGUGGGCGGAAGGAGGCAGCCGCUGGCUUGCCAGGCAGAAGCACAGCUCUGCCUCUGCUGCGUGUUUGUGUGUCCAGGGCGUGUGCUGAACACGCCUAUGGGAAGGGGCUGGGGCGGGUGCACUCCGAGCAGGAGCUGCUUGUGUGUGUGUGUGUGCAGUCGUGGCCUCUGGCUGACAGAACCCCAUUCCCCUCCUCACUUCUGGGGCGGUGAUGUGGGGCGACUGAGGCAGGUCCAUGCCUCAGCCGCAGGUCCAUGCCUCAGCCCGCCUGGCACAGGAACACAGCCCCGACUUCCUCCUUCCCUCCUCUCUUGGGCCUGUAAUUCUACUUUAAAUGAUCUGAAGUGUGAGAUAUACCGACCCAGCGUGACCUUCUCCAUUAUUUAUUCCAUUUGGUGCAAUCCACCCCACUUUGGUGUUUAAAUUAAACUGGUCGAGUUCACUUUCCAUUCCUCCUUCUUUUCAUGGUGUUCCCCAGGCGCUCGCUUGGUGUUUGUGUUUCAAAUAUGUAUUUAAAUUAAUUUAAAAAACCCCAAACCUCUUUUUAAUGUUUCAGAGAAAACCACUUCUGUUUCUGCCACCUGUGUUCCAAUGUUUCUGGGUUGGGUUUUCACAAAACCUGUAUGUUGAGGGCCCUCUUCCUUGAUGCGUCCUUCUUCUCUUUGAAAACGUUCCUGUGGCUGAUUUGUUGUCACUUUGCAUUUGUGAAUGACUUUCUUUCCUUUUAUUUGUUUUUCCCUUAAUGACUUCUCAGUGUAUGUGGGAAGGAAUCUGAUUGGCGGUGAUCGAUGUCUGUGCUGUGUGUAGUGCUGUGAUGCUGCUCCUUGCUCUGGAUUUCCCUUGGGUGGAUUAAAAGAGAGAGAUUCUUUUUUUUCUUUC